UGUAGCUAAAAUCACUGUGCUGUAGCUGUUCUCUCUCUCCCAAUUGAAGAAGGAAUAUGGCAACCAUCUUUGCUUGCACCCCUACCUCAACCAUCACCCCUGCAGCUCUUGCUCACAAACUAUCACCAAGGGUUGCAUCCCCAGUUGCCAUUGGGUUGCCAAAAAUGGAAAAGAGGGGGAAAGUGAUGUGUUCCAUGGAGAAGAAGCCUUCUGCUGAGGAGACUGGGUCAAACAUGGGCAUAGUUGCAUCAUUGGUGGCAGCAGUCUUUGCAGCUACCAUGUCAAGCCCAGCCAUGGCUCUGGUGGACGAGAGAAUGACCACUGAAGGAACCGGACUUCCCUUUGGUUUGAGCAACAACCUUCUUGGCUGGGCCCUGUUUGGUAUAUUCGGCCUGAUUUGGGCACUUUACUUUGUUUACACUUCCUCCCUUGAAGAGGAUGAGGAGUCUGGAUUAUCGCUCUAAGCCAAACCUUAUUUCCUUCUGGUGUUGUUCACUGAAAACACCAUGCUCAAAGGAAUGUAAAAAAUCAAAAGAGUUUGGCCUUCCUACUUUGUAGUAAAACUACCUUCUGCAUGCCCAACAUGUAUUCUUAUUUCUACUAAUUAUGUUUCACUUUCUCCAUUGUUUCUUCAUUGAUGCUUGAUUUGGUUAACAUGAACAUUGAUAUAUGAAAGAACAGCAGGGCCAGGAUAUUUGCGGGACCUCUGCCCUUGGCAGCUCUGCAAUGGCAUAUUUCAUCCGUUGGUACCUUUGCUUUUUAGCCACCAAUGGCUUAGGCACCUCAAUCAAUUUGCUUAGGCAAGAAAAGAAGAUUUUGAUUCCCUCCCUAUAAUUCAUGAGUGAAAUUGGAUCUAUAGAACCGUCUCUUUGUGCCUCAAUUUAAGACACGUA